AUGGACAAGAUGGUAAAUGAAAAAGUAGAAGCUGUAAGGGAAGAAAUGAAAGACAAUAACACUGAAGUAAUGAAAGAAAUAAAAGAUAUGAAAGAAAAUCUUUCCAAAGUGAACAAAGAUUUAGACGAAGUCAAAGUCAUGAUGAGUCAAAUGUUAAAGAAGGUUAAUAUGCUUGAACUGCUCAGCAAACUGCCAUCUCCAAGACUCCAACCGAGGGAAUGUUCAAUACACCUAGGGAAGAUAUUUUGAUUGCUGCUGGCUGGGGUGCGGGAUACAGUGCAGAAGUAUUUUCCUGGGAGAAAAAUGGUUGGUAUGAGUUUUCGCAAAUGAAUGACGGACAUAUCGGAGCUUCAUCAUUUAUUUAUAAUGAUCAACUAUUUGUUGUUGGGGGAUGUACUGAGACAAUACAAACCUUGGAUCUCAAUGAAUUACCUUUGAAAUGGAUGAAAUUUUCUGACGGACUUCCUUAUGAAAGUGGUCAUCAAACUGUUGUUUACCAACAGCGUGUCAUUCACAUUGGUGGAUAUAAUCUUGACGAGGAUAAAGAGUCUAACUUGAUUAGUGAAUUGCAACUUACCUCACUUUGCACACUGAAAGAGUUGUACCAAAUGCCCCAGCUACGAGUUUGUCAUGGAGCUGUGGCUUUUGAAAAUAAAGUCUUAAUAAAAUAA